AUGGAAGCAGGCGAUACUCUCAGAUCCACAAAAUCUCACUUUGAAUUGGGUGGUUCGGAGAGAACCGUUGCCGGAAUCGACCUUAACCACGGCGAUAUCGCUGGGUAUUUGCCGGAGGAGCUUGGGUUGCUCAAGGAUCUUGCAUUGUUUCAUAUUAAUUCGAAUCGGUUCUGUGGAACUGUCCCGAAGAAGUUUCGUCAGUUGAAGUUACUCUACGAAUUGGAUCUCAGCAACAACAGGUUCGCCGGAAAAUUCCCUUACGUUGUUCUUAAAUUACCGGUAUUAAAGUUUUUGGAUCUCCGGUUUAAUGAGUUUGAAGCGAACAAUAGGUUUCAUGGUUGUCUUCCGGCGAGCAUCGGGAACAUGUCGGAUACUUUGAAUGAGAUUAUCAUGAUAAACAAUCAAUUGAGGUCUUGUGUGCCGGAAGAAAUUGGAUUGUUGAAGGAGGUGACGGUGUUUGAUGUGAGCUUUAAUCAGUUAAUGGGGCCGUUGCCGGAGAGUCUUUCUGGUUUGGUGAGCGUGGAGCAGUUGAAUGUGGCUCAUAAUUACUUGACCGGAAGUAUACCCAAGAGUAUCUGUAGUCUUCCGAGGUUGGAGAAUUUCACUUAUUCUGAUAAUUUCUUCACCGGUGAGCCGCCGGAGUGUUUGAGGUUGGAGGAGUUUGAUGAUCGGAGGAAUUGUUUGCCGGCGAGGCCGGCACAAAGGUCUAAAAAGCAGUGUGAUAUGUUCGCGUCUAAGAAGAUUCAUUGUAGUGCAUUUAGUUUACUCACCUCCCCCACCUCCACCGUCACCUCCACCACCAUCACCUCCUCCACCACCCCCACCUGUUAUUCUCCUCCCCCACCGCCACCAUCACCACCACCACCAUCACCUCCUCCCCCACCUCCACCAUCACCUCCGCCACCGGUUUACUCUCCACCGCCACCUCCACCAUCACCCCCACCACCAGUUUACUCUCCUCCCCCACCUCCACCGUCACCCCCAGCACCAGUUUACUGUCCUCCCCCACCUCCAACCUAUUGUGUACGAUCACCACCACCUCCUCCACCUCCAACUGCAUCCCCGCCUCCGCCGCCCUUGUUUUCCCCACCACCACCUGUUCCAUAUUACUACAACUCACCUCCUCCGCCUCAUUCACCGCCCCCAUAUUACUAUAACUCACCGCCUCCACCACACUCUCCACCACCACCUCGACCACACUCUCCACCACCACCUCCACCUCACUCACCGCCUCCACCACCUCCAUCUUAUAUCUAUUCAUCACCACCACCACCUGCAGCCCAUUCUCCACCACCGCCAGUUCAUUCUCCACCUCCACCUGUCCAUUCUCCCCCUCCACCAGUCCAUUCUCCACCACCACCACCACCAUCACCACCUCCUCCACCUCCUUGUAUAGAACUACCUCCACCUCCCUGUAUAGAACCACCACCACCACCAUCCCCAACCCCAUCACCUCCACCACCACCACCACCGCAUAAAUCACCACCACCACCAGCACCUGUUUACAGUUCCCCACCACCCCCAGUCCACCACCCGUCUCCACCUCCACCACCGAUUAUAUACAACAGCCCACCACCUCCAGCUCCAGCGUACGAGGGGCCAUUACCUCCGGUGAUUGGCGUUUCUUACGCCUCCCCUCCACCACCACCCUUCUAUUGA